AGAGGAGCAGGAGCACAGUAUUGCUGUACACUGCAGUUCCUGGACGCUUUGAAUCCGACUCGGUGUGUGUGUGUGUGUGUGUGGGCGCAGGUCCGUCUGUUAAGGAUAAGGCGCGUCCCCGUUGCGUAUGCCCGCGGUAUGGGAGUGAAUGAAGGGAGCGCGCACGGACACCGCGGCGUUGACCAUGACACGGAGCCUCGGCACCCUCCUCUACGCGUUCACCUUCAUCCAGAGUGCCAUCGGGGCAGACGCUGAAGAGCGGCUCAUGAACUAUCUCCUGUCCAAGGAGCGCUAUAACAACCUCAUCCGACCUGCCCUGAAUAGAACGGAAAGAGUGACCGUGAAACUGCAGGUCUCUCUGGCACAGCUCAUUAGCGUGAAUGAAAGGGAGCAAAUCAUGACGACAAACGUGUGGCUCACACAGAACUGGAAUGAUUACAGACUGUCAUGGGACCCGGCCAAAUAUGACGGAAUUGACAAGCUACGAAUUCCGUCUAGACACAUCUGGCUACCUGACAUUGUAUUAUACAAUAAUGCUGAUGGGACGUAUGAGGUGACAGUCUUCACCAACGCUAUUGUGCUGUUUAAUGGCACCAUUGAGUGGCUUCCUCCUGCCAUCUACAAGAGCGCCUGUAAGAUCGAGGUCAAGCACUUCCCUUUUGACCAGCAGAACUGCACACUAAAGUUUCGCUCGUGGACCUACGACCACACAGAGAUUGAUCUUGUCCUAAAGUCUGCAGUGGCCAGUAUGGAUGACUUUACUCCUAGUGGAGAGUGGGACAUUCUAGCUCUGCCAGGAAGGAGGACAGUCAACCCACAGGACCCAACAUAUGUGGACCUGACGUAUGAUUUUAUUAUCAAACGAAAACCACUCUUUUACACGAUCAACCUUAUCAUUCCUUGUGUGUUGAUCACGUCCCUGGCCAUCCUGGUUUUCUACUUACCAUCUGAUUGUGGCGAGAAGAUGACCCUGUGCAUCUCUGUUCUCUUGGCCCUCACUGUCUUCCUCUUAUUGAUCUCCAAAAUCGUUCCUCCUACAUCUCUGGAUGUCCCUCUAAUUGGCAAGUAUCUGAUGUUCACCAUGGUGCUGGUGACAUUCUCCAUCAUCACUAGUGUAUGCGUUCUCAACGUGCAUCAUCGAUCUCCGAGUACGCAUACCAUGCCGAAAUGGGUGAAGCUGGUCUUCCUGGACAAACUUCCCAUGCUGCUUUUUAUGCGAAGGCCUGAUGGGAACUCAUCUAGGCAGAGGCUACGGCAGCGGAGACAUGUCAAAGAUAACAGGGCUCUUCUUGAGUUCAGGUGUGGCGCUCCCUACAGGUCGAGAAUGUCUUCUUCUGCCUCAGUCCUUCUUGCCGCAUCUUCAGCAUCAGCACUGUCUUCACCAGCAGACUUUUACAGUAAAGGCUCCAGCUUUUACAGGAAAGGUGAUCAGCGGCCUACAGAGUUCCUGCCUAAUGGCAAUGCCAUGAAUCAAGGAGACAUGAGAGGAGGCGGAGGGCAAGCAGACCUGGGGGCUGAUGUUCAAGAAGCAGUGGAUGGAGUUCGUUAUGUAGCUGACCAUAUGAUGGGAAAUGAUGAUGACCAGAGUGUUAUUGAAGAUUGGAAGUACGUUGCCAUGGUGGUGGAUCGGAUGUUUCUCUGGAUCUUUGUAAUUGUGUGUGUAGUUGGGACGUUGGGUCUUUUCCUUCAGCCAGUCUUCCAGAACCAGACAGUUCCCGUCUAUCAGCCGAAUACUGAAUCCUCUAGGAGAGAUGGGAUGUAAAGAAUCCAUCAACAUGGAAUGAAAAAGAAAUAUCUAAAUUUACAAAUGAGUCACUGUACAGUAGUAAUGAAAGGACUUUUGAUAUAAUCUUAAAAAUAGUUUUCUUUUGAUAUAAAAGAAAAAUCAGUUUUGAUGAUGAGGCCGUUACAAUGAAUGAUUAAUGUCUUCAAGAUUACA